UAGCAAGCAAACGAUAUUAGCACAUACAAAAAAAAAAUUUCACGAAUUUAUUGAAUUAAAAAAACUGCUUUGUAGUUAUCAAAAAAAAAAAAAUUCAUAUCCAAAUAACGAUGGGUGUUGAAGUACAAACAAUUUCACCAGGAAAUGGUUCGACAUUUCCAAAAACUGGCCAAACCGUUGUUGUUCAUUAUACCGGAACAUUGGAUGAUGGCAACAAAUUUGAUUCGUCUAGGGACCGCGGUCGUCCAUUUAAAUUCCGUAUUGGCCGUGGUGAAGUGAUUAAAGGCUGGGAUGUUGGUGUCGCUCAGAUGAGCGUCGGCCAGAGAGCUAAAUUGAUCUGUUCACCUGAUUUUGCAUACGGCAACCGUGGCCAUCCUGGAAUCAUCCCGCCAAAUGCAACACUCACUUUUGAUGUCGAAUUAUUGGCAUUAGAAUGAAAAAAUAAUCGAGGAAAAAAACACACACAAAAUGCAGCACUACAUGAAAAAAAAUCUCGAUCGAUUUUACAUUCUAAUAUACAUUAUCCUAAGAAUAAUCUAUCAAUAAAAAUUAUCUUAUAAAAUGA